GUGCGGAGAGGAAACGGCGCAGCACAGAUCUCAGCUCCGGUACCGCUCAGCUCGGACUCUAAAGGCGGAUUAAGCCACUAAACGAUGUCGGGAUUCGACACAAACCCGUUUGAAAACCCAGUCGACGUCAAUCCAUUUCAGGAUCCGUCGGUCACUCAGGUGACAAACUCUGGAAUCGAUCGCAUCGAACACUUCAAUCCGUUUCCUGAUGGUAACACAGGAUCCACAAUCCCAGCAGGCAACACUCCAUCUCAACCUGCGGUCCUGCAGCCAUCAGUGCAGCCCAGUCCACAGGCCACGGCUGCAGCUGCGCAGGUGAAUCUGCUCAAACAGCAGGAGGAGUUAGAGAGAAAAUCAGCUGAGCUCGAUCGACGAGAGCAAGAGUUACACAACAGAGAAGCUACACCUACAGGUAAAGAGAACAACUGGCCUCCUCUCCCGAAGAGUUUUCCCAUCAAGCCUUGCUUCUAUCAGGACAUCUCUGCAGACAUCCCACAAGAGCACCAGAGAAUCUGCAAAAUGAUUUAUUACCUCUGGAUGUGGCAUUGUGUGACUCUGUUUCUGAAUGUUCUGGCGUGUCUGGCAGACUUCACCAACAGCUCAGUGGCAGGUGUGGACUUCGGUCUGUCCAUCCUCUGGUUCAUACUCUUCACACCCUGUUCCUUCCUCUGCUGGUUCAGACCGGUCUAUAAAGCCUUCAGGUCUGAUUCCUCCUUCAACUUCUUUUUCUUCUUCUUCAUUUUCUUCGCUCAAAUUGGCAUCUACAUCAUUCAGAGUGUGGGCAUCCCGAGAUGGGGAAACAGCGGUUGGAUUGCUGCCGUGUCUGUGGUGGGCAGUAACCCGGCGGUAGGCAUCAUCAUGAUUGUUGUGGCAGCGUUCUUCACCGUCUGCGCCGUGAUGUCUGUGGUUUUACUGAAAAUGGUACAUUCUCACUACCGUCGCACGGGCGCCAGCUUCCAGAAGGCACAGCAGGAGUUUUCUCAGGGUGUCCUGACGAACCGCACCUUCCAGAGCGCCGCCACCAGCGCCGCCACCAGUGCUGCCUCCAGCGCCGCUCAGAGAAACUAAAAACCUCAGAUCCACACGAGAGACGCCACACACACAUCACUGGAUUCAUCAUGUUUGAUUGUUUUCAGACUGAAGGUUUGAAGUUGUUCAUCAGCGUGUUUGUUUAUUUGUGUGUGUCUGCAGAAAUGGUUCUGGGUCUUUUUGUUUGGGUUAGGAUAAAGACGGAUAGGAUAGGCUGUACAUUGACAUAAUUGACGAAGUUUAAGUGAAUGUUUAUGGUUUAAGAAGUAGGGUUGAUUGCAACAAAUUGAGUUGUUAAUCAUCGGAGGAUAAUGCCCUUUAAUAUUAUUUAUAAGAGAAUACAAUUCCUGAAACACAUUCCUUGUUAGUGCCUGAAGUAAAGACACACUCCCAGAAUUCUUUGGGAGGACGUGAGCGUAAGUGUGUGUUUGUGUGUGUGUGUGUGUUUGUCUUCAUUGUAAGACUGAAGGUUUGAUGUGUUGAACAGAAACAUUUGAUCAUGAAGUUUUGACUAGUUCAUUUAGAUGAUUUCUGUGUUUAUAAAAUUCUGCUUUCGUGCCAAACAAAUCCAAAUGUUCACUCGUUUGCCUCUCAUCCUUUCAACUCAAAUCCUGGCCAUUGAACUUAAAACAUGAAAUGUGUAGAAAUAUUUGCAAAUAAAAGUCCUGAAAUGUUUGGAAGGGCUCUAUAGUUCUUUGAAGAUCAGUCUGUCAACAGAACAUGUUCUGAACAUUAAAUGUUUUUGAUGAACA